CAAAGGCAAGGCAGAAAAAGGAAGAAAAAGUAAAACACAGAGAGCAACCACCAAUCGAAGAAGAAACAACCGUAACAGAUCUCCGUUUCUCGCCAAACAAAAAACAAAAAAAUGGCUGCCUUCAGCGGUGACGAAACCGCUCCUUUCUUUGGCUUCCUCGGAGCCGCCGCUGCCCUCGUUUUUUCCUGUAUGGGCGCGGCGUACGGCACCGCGAAGAGCGGCGUCGGGGUUGCGUCGAUGGGCGUGAUGAGGCCGGAGCUGGUGAUGAAAUCGAUCGUGCCGGUUGUGAUGGCGGGUGUGUUGGGUAUCUACGGUUUGAUCAUUGCGGUUAUCAUAAGUACGGGAAUUAACCCUAAGGCCAAAUCGUACUAUCUCUUUGACGGUUACGCGCACCUCUCUUCGGGUCUCGCUUGUGGCCUCGCUGGCCUCUCCGCUGGCAUGGCCAUCGGCAUCGUUGGCGAUGCCGGUGUUAGAGCAAAUGCUCAGCAGCCUAAACUUUUUGUUGGAAUGAUUCUCAUCCUCAUUUUUGCUGAGGCAUUGGCAUUAUAUGGUCUCAUCGUUGGCAUCAUCCUCUCUUCCCGUGCUGGCCAAUCCAGGGCUGACUAAUAAACUUUCCAGUUGGAUGUGGUACACAGCCACAGAUUGUGAAUGUUACUGUGGAGUCCGGGUGGGUAAUGUUAGUACACAGACUGCUGCUUUGGCUUGCUCAUGUGAUUCUAUUUAUGUCCGCAUUAUAAAAUUGAGGUUAUCCAGGAAGAGAGUCAGUCGAACUUUCCUUAGCCAUUCAUUAUUUUUAGUUAUAUGCUCAAAUCCAAACUAGAAUAGAGAUAUGCACAAUAAGACUGAUGUAUGUUUUGAUUCCAUUUACUUUCAAUAUUGUUUUCUACUCUUCAAAACGCCUCCCACCUCCCCUUAAAUCUAUUCUUAUUUGAUUUCUUUGA